AUGGAGCCGGCGAACCAAGGAUCUGGAGGUGGAGCAGCUUCCCAUGAUCUGUUCUCCGAGAUAUGUUCUAUUCAUUCUGAGGUGAGCCCAUGGUUUGCCUUUAAUGUAGUUGUCUGUAAAUCUAUCAUAGAGCAGUUCAUUGGUUCUUCUAUAGCAUAUCGGCUUGAAGAUCGCCGCAUGUUGUGCUACUUCUUUGAUUUCAAACACAAAUGUGUCCAUGUUAUUGACCCUAUAUACAACAAAGAUCAAUCAUUGAUUUUUGAACAAUUGCAUCAUCCAAAUGUCUCUAAGGCAGUAUCGGUUUGUAACCGUAUUGAAAUGUUCUUUGAAAAUUGGCAUCAUAAGAUGCAGGACUGGAAUAUAAAUUUUGUACAGCCGACUGUUAUGGAUCCAACCUCGGAUGAGACAGGUCUUUUAACUCUGUUGUACAUUCGGGAAUUUGAUGGCUGCAAGAUCCGCAAUUCUAAUAGGCUAAUCCUUAUGGCAGACACCUUCGGCGAGUAUGACAGCAACAUCACCGACACAUUGUGGCCAUCCGGCGGAAAGCAUAGCAACAAGGACAGUUUCAGCUUGUCUGGGCAACACUCCCUGUUUGGUUCUAAGAAAAGAGCUUUGUUGGAUAGUAUUGGUUUCCGUGGAUUGCUCAAAGUACACAAUCAGUGUUUGCAGUGCAGGAAUCUGAUCCUCUCCCUACUUAGUUGCAUGGAUCCAAAUACUGGCACUAUAGUUCAUAAAAGUGAACUUACAGUUACAGACAGAGAUGUGAACCUGGUUCUUGGCAUACCAUACAGGGGAGAGGAUGUAUAUCUGAGGACCAGAUGUACUAGAAUAGUUGACAGCAUGAAGGGAGCACUUCUUCCUGAUAGUGAUUGUGAUCUUAACAUGGAAGCAGUACCUGAAAUCUUAUUGAAAGACUCUGGUAGAAAGAUGAAUAUAAAGGAAAGACAGGUCUUUUAUCUAGAUAAUUUAAAUUUUGGAUUUAUGACUCCACGCCACGACAUACUACCAAGGAUUAGCAAGUAUACACCUCGUCUUGUGUCAGAGCUUCUUUCAUUUGGCCGCGGAAGCAACAUGUCAUAUAAAACACUCCGAUUUGGACAGUGCAAGAUGUACCAAAAGGUAUAA